GGGCCGUAUUUUCGACACAUUCAAUUUUCUGACCGCCGAUUUUAUUCGUCUCGUAUCAAUCAAGGAAAUACAAUAUGAAACGAAGAAGACCAGUGACGCACUCAUCGUAGUGUUAUUUGCUUUAACCGGUUAAAUAUUAGAAUGGGUUGAAAAUAAAAAAAAACUGUAUUCCAAAAAUAUAAUAAUGGCGUCAAGAGCAUUAAAGCGAACCGGAAUUUCUCCUGAGUUAUGCGAACAACUUAAACGACAUAAAAUAGAAAACUGUCAGGAUCUGUUGACACACACUGCUUUUGAAGUGAUGUAUGCUGCAGGAUUGAGUUACCAGAAAACUUUGGAGUUGUUGCAGACCGUGAGCAAGGUCAUUGCUCCCCCACUCACCACGGUCUGGGAGAUUUGGAAACGUCGUUCCGAUUCUUGCUUCUCGACUUCAAUACCUCCUCUGGACAAAGUGCUUCGAGGAGGUCUUCCAUGUGGAACCAUUGCAGAGGUAACAGGACCAUCUGGCUGUGGGAAAACUCAAUUUUGUUUGAUGCUGAGCGUUGUGGCUACUCUGCCUAAGGAACUGGGUGGCUUGGACCGCAGUGUCAUCUACAUUGACACAGAGUCUGCGUUCUCUGCUGAAAGGCUGGUGGAGAUUGCACAGAAUAAGUUCCCAGACUACUUCAGCUCUAAGGAGAAAGUCCUGCAGAUGGCAGGUAGGGUCCACAUCUUCAGGGAGAUGACCUGCCAGGAUGUCCUCUGUAGACUGGAGAGAUUGGAGGAGAUCAUCAUCUCAACCAGAGCGGGCUUGAUAAUCCUCGAUUCAGUCGCUUCAGUGGUUAGAAAGGAAUUUGACACAACGUUACCUGGCAACCUGGUGCACCGUAGCAACCUGCUGGGAAAAGAAGCUUCCAUCCUCAAAUAUUUGGCCCAUCAGUUUAACAUACCCGUAGUCCUAACUAACCAGAUCACAACUCACAUAGGGCAUCAAGGUCCUUUUUCAGCUAAUGAAGGGGAUUCAGGCUUUGUGACAGCAGCUUUGGGAAACACAUGGAGUCACAUUGUCAACACACGUUUUAUCAUUCAAUAUCUUGAUGGAUUUAAGAGACAGUUAUUGGUCGCCAAGUCACCUGUGGCUCCCUUUGCUGUGUUGAACUACACAAUCGAGAAGGAAGGAAUCUGUAUCAAUGGAAAUGAUGAGACAUUUUAUGAAGGAACUGAUCCCAGCCUCCAGGCUAUCAGAGUGAGAACUGCGAUCAACUUCGAUACAACCUGAGUGGAUGCUCCAAGUCCAGUAAAAGUUAUGACCACAGUUAUAAUGCAAUAGUCGUCUCGCCAAUCACUGAUAUGAAAAAAAUGUCCUCUAUGGAAAGAAAUUGAGGAUGAAGGAAGGAGAUUGACUGGUUAUGGUCAGGACAAAACAACUCAUGGUGCUCAGAUCAUUAACAGGCUUCGACAGGCUGUUACUAUGGUGCCCAUUCCCAUGACUUCAGCUCCCAUGGUGGGGGUGGGGGGCCUUCAGGGUUUGUCAAUUAGGUAACAAUGGAGUCAUUUGUGACCCUUCCUUCUUGUUUGUCUGGCUGCAUAUUUCUUUUGACCAUUUGGAGGCACAUACACUUUUCAUUCAAGGGUGUUGUGUAGCUCAUUCAAAUAAAAUGUCAAUUAAAACUU